AGAGGGCCCAUACUCGCAGCUUGUCAAUUUCAACAUUUGGUCACGUGACCAGCGCCUCCCUGCUAAGGAUGGGGAUAGAUUUCCACGUCAGCUUUACGUCUCCAAAUUUCUUACUUCACGGAUCUGCUUCAAAGAGGCAGCUGCAUUAGAGAAUCAUGUUAAGCUCGGCUAAUGCGGAGAGCCCGAGGUAGCCUAAUGAUGGAUUUUGAUGAGCGUGUCCCUUGCUCGUCUAAUAUGUAUUUGCCAAGUUGCACGUACUACGUGUCGGGUCCUGAUUUCUCCAGCCUCCCUUCUUUCCUGCCCCAGACCCCGUCUUCUCGCCCCAUGACAUACUCCUACUCCUCCAACCUACCCCAGGUCCAACCCGUGCGGGAAGUCACCUUCCGCGAGUAUGCCAUUGAUCCGGCUAGUAAAUGGCACCACAGGAACAACCUCCCGCAUUGCUACUCGGCCGAGGAGAUCAUGCACAGAGACUGCCUGCCCGCCGCCGCCAACACGGCCGCCGCCGCUGCCGCUGCCGCCAGCAUGAGCGAGAUGUUCGGGAAAAACACCGCCGCCGUCUAUCACGGCCACCACCCGGCUACGACAGCCGCCGCCGCCGCCGCCAGCGUCUCGUCCAAUUUCUAUAGCACCGUGGGCAGGAACGGGGUGCUACCGCAGGCUUUCGACCAGUUCUUCGAGACGGCUUAUGGCACGGCCGACAGCCACUCGGACUAUGCAGGCGAGAAGAACGGGGAGAAGAUGCCCCCGGGAGGGGGAGCCGCUCCGGGGCCGGCCGCCGCCGCUGCCGUCGGCGCAACGUCAAGUUCGGACGGGAGCUGCGCCAGGGACGCGGCAUCAGCGGCGGCGGCGGCGGCGGCUGCGAGCGCCGCGGCCUCGGCUGCGGAGGAGAAGGAGCGGCGGCGGCGGACGGAGAGCAGCAGCAGCCCGGCUUCGUCUUCCGGCAACAAUGAGGAGAAAUCCAGCAGCUCCAGUGGACAACGCACCCGUAAAAAGAGAUGCCCCUACACCAAAUAUCAGAUUAGAGAAUUAGAGAGGGAAUUCUUCUUCAGUGUCUAUAUAAACAAAGAGAAACGCCUCCAGCUCUCCCGAAUGCUCAACUUGACCGACCGUCAAGUAAAAAUAUGGUUUCAAAACAGAAGAAUGAAAGAGAAAAAAAUUAACAGGGACCGAUUACAAUAUUACUCAGCUAAUCCACUACUUUAAAAAACUCGUAGCGUUUUUCAAGAUGAGAUUAAAUUCAGAUCUCGCCCAUGACAAGGUCAAGCCACAGGGUUACCUAUGAGAAGGAGGUGUGCAAAGUGACGGAGGACGUUGGGAAAAAACACCACACUAAUAUUUUUUUUCUUCCCCAUAAAAAUGUAAGCCAACUGGGGUUUUCCCGCUACUUUUCCCUCCCCCCUAAAAAAAGUUCUUUUUAAAGCUCUUGAUAUAUCAACUGGAAACGCUUUACACCCUGGACCCGCAUUUCCAAACACGCCACCCCCAUAUUUUGCUCCAAGGGCAAUUUUAUACCUCUUACCUAUAGACACUGCAACUUAUCCCAACGCGGGUUCACACGUGAAAAAGCGGGGAGUGAGUUAUUGGAUUCGUGUCGGUCUAAAACUAUGUUACUUUGGUUUUACUGUGGAACAUUGCUUGAAUGGCUACCCAUGGCUGCACCGGAGCCUGAUGGACUACUGCAAAAGAAAACCUACAGGAGCCCCCGCAACCUCUAAAUGCACAGCCGCCGUCCCAUCACCUUCCCCUCCUCGACCCUUAAAAUGACAAACCUUCUUCCGCAAGAGCGGUUACCCUCUUGACCAAGUUCAAAAAAUUUAAGCAGUUGCAAGGCCAAUCAUAAAUGUUUGUAGAGGUGUAAUAGUAUUGAGUCUAACCGUGCUGUUGAUAGGGAGUUAUGGCGUGGAAGGUUUGACAGUCUCCUUUUGAAAACAUUUCAGGUAUUAAUUCGCCAUAUAUGGUAAGGAAACAAUCACUGAAGAGUCAAACACAUAGCCACGUGCAUUAGCUCUCGUUUAAAAAACCCCAACAAAAAAUGAACAACAACUGUCGAAAAGUGGCCAUCCCUUUGGAGACAAAUCAUUAUGUUCUUAUUUAAAUGCUUAAAAAAAAUUAAAAACCAAACAAAUAAAUAAAAGUGCACGGUGGGGUGGAAAGAGAGGGAGAAAGAAAGACUAAUCUAAUAGCUCCAAAGGGGGAAACCGUAAAAGGAAGCUUCUGGCUUCUGUCUCACAAACUUUCUUCAGGAAAUACCUGUGGAGAAGGACAGUUUGGCAAAUACCACACAACACUUAAUUGGACCCUGGAUGUGUGCAAUGCACUGAGAUCAGAUCAUUAAAAUAACUAGCGUUUUCUUUCCCUUAGAAGCCCAAGCAGAAGGCAAACAAUGUAAAUAUGGUGGAUUGGUUUUCAGAUCUUUUUGUUCACUAUUAAGUGUCGAAAGCCCUACUUAAUCGCUCAGGCGGCAGAAUCAAAGAACGGAGAGUUCCCUGGAGUUAUUUUAAAUAUAUAUAAAAGAAGUAUAUUUCCCUGCAGGAACCAAAGCAAGAGUGAGAAAUAGAGAGAGAACAACGAAUUUUAAAAGAAUGAACUAUUUAAAAGUCUAUAUCAGUUUACAAAGGAUAUUGUGUUUUAUUGUAAAAGUCGCUUGCUGUCGAGAAUAUCUGAAUGUAUAUUUCAUACGAGAAUGGUGUUUUACAAGACUUGUACAUUUUUAAAUGAUCCGUUUUGGUUGGUAUAUGUUUUUUUAACGGUCCUUUUCCUUGGAAAAUGUCGAGUUUGUCCUUUUUUAAAAAAAAAAUAUAUAACUGUGCAAGAAAGAUAAGGCGACUAGAAUGUUGUAAAAACCACCAGCUUCGAAAAGGGACACGAUUUCUUUUACACGGUUCACAAAACGCAAUACCUUUAUAUUCCAACACUGUUUGAAGAUAUGUAUCGUCAUAUAUGUAAAUACGGUUUCUUUUACUAUGCGAAGGUCUUUCGUGGCAUGUAUACAGUGGUACGGCGCACAACGAAAAUAAACAUGUGGGAAAUUUAUAAUAAUAAUAAUAAUAAUAAUUUUUUUUAAUCCUUG